AAUAUAGAAUGUAAGUUUUAAUAUAAAAAAUUGAAGAAUAACCUGUGUAACUAUUGAAAAAAAAAAAAAAACCGCUAAUUAUGAAAAAGAAUAGUCUAAGAUAUAUUUAUGUGUCACUCCGCGGAGCAGAAAGGCAAACGGCCAACCGGUUGGAGUGGGCAAUCAACGAGGGAGAUUGGAAGACCGUACAUGAGAUUUUUCAAGAGAGCUCAUUUCCAAUAAAUGGGAUAAUUGAUGACGGCAAUCAAACUGCUCUUCAUGUUGCAGUUGUAGCUGGUGCUGUAGAGAUCACUGAGGAAUUGAUCCGGAGAAUGUCAGAAACAGACUUGGAAAUACAAGAUAUGGUUGGUUUCACGGCUCUUCACCUUGCUGCUCAUCGUGCGACGAAGAUAGCAGAAUGCUUGGUUGAAAAGAAUCCGAAGUUACUAACCCUUGGCGAUGAGCGAGGAUUGCUCCCCAUUAUACAGGCAUGUGCUUCUGGUGAUAAGGAUUUGACCAAGUAUCUUUAUUCUAAGACCCCUAAAGAAUUCCUAAGCCCAGAUGGUGGCAAAAGUGGGCCUGCUCUCGUCAAUUAUACCAUAAGUGGCAAAAUGUUCGGUAAAAAUUAGUAGAACUUCAUUCAUCCCAAGUUCAUUGGCAUUCUUGCCAUAUAUGAUACAUGAUCAGCGUGCCAGUGUGUUUUUGUCUAAUAAAUAUUUUUUUGUUG